AUGGCCAUGCAGUUGCAGCUGUCAAAACCCAAUGGCGAAUACGAACUGAGAAAAACCAAGCAUGCUCUUCUUGUUACAAAGUUCCCUAAUAACUCAUUGGGUUUUGUUUUCUGCAACUUGUUUCUCUUUAAGCGCGAAUGGGAAAGUGGAGGACCAUUUUUCUUGCUCAAUCCUCUGAGGGGAGAAGUACUAAAGCUCCCGAUUAGCGACAGAAAUGUUGCAAACUAUAUCGGAGAGAAAAUAAUUGCGGAAUGGUACGGUGUUGGAUUUGACAACCUAACCAACACUGCCAAGAUUGUUCGUGUUUUCAAAAAGGGAGCAAAAAUCCAGCACACAAACACAAUGGUGGCAGAAGUUUGUGCAUUAGGAACUAGCUCAUGGCGAGAAAUAGAUUCGGUUCCUCCUUGUGACUUAAGCGGAAAUAAAACAUCUGCAUACGGCGACAUGCAUUGGUUUGUAUACAAAGACGGAAAUGGGGAACAUGAUAACCACAUCAUCUCUUUUGAUUUCAACAAAGAACUUUUCUGGACUCCUCAUCCCAACAUCCAGUUUUCGCACCAUCGGAGCCUUGUUCAUUUGCUCAAUCUGAGAGGAUGUUUGGCCGUCGUGGAUCUUUCUUCAGACGAUUGCAUUGAUGUAUGGGUGUUGAAAAAUAAGAGAGUGGGUGCUGGAUUACAAAACGGAUGCCCACAAGUUUGUAGAAGAACCACCUCGACGUUCAAUCGAGAGUUGUGGUGCAUGGAAGCAUGGCAUAUUUUUCAAGCAAGAAAGUGA